CACGAUUCUUUCUCCGAGAGAUGUAAAGACCUAUUUUUCUGAAUUCACUGAUCGCAGCCUGAAUCGAGUAAACAUCUAUUCAUUCCAACUGCCUCACCCAACAAUAGGCCAACGGAAAGGCGGGAUAUCUUCAUUGUUGUGUCGAAUCUAUUGUGCUAAGAGUCACAACAUUUUCAGUCAAUUGCUCUCUUUCAUUUCAACCACACCACUCCUUCCAUACUCGACUGAACCAAACACUCCCCUUGCGACUGUCAUCUCACGCAUUCCAGCAACCCUACCACGAAAACCCUCCCCUCUGUCAUGUCUGAACCGACUUCUGGCCGCUCUCUCGCUGGUCGCAUCUCCAAACCCGAAACGAUGAACGCUCAGGCCGAGUCCUUCCAACCAAAAUCCGGUACCUCAUGGGCUGAUGAGGUCUCAUCCCCUGCUACUGAAGAACCCACUUCCGCCGCGAAUUUGAACGCGACACCCGCGGAAGAGGCGUCUGCGCCAGUAGCACAGGUUGACGGAGCCACAGAGCCCUUCGGAGGAUCACAACUACAAGAGCCUGAAUAUGAUGUGAACGUCAAAUUGGCGGACAUGCAAGCUGAUCCCAACAAUCCCUUGUUUUCGGCUACGAGCUUCGAGCAGCUUGGCCUUGACGAUAACAUCCUCAAAGGUGUCAUGAGCAUGAACUUUCGCAGACCCUCCAAAGUCCAAGAAAAGACCCUCCCUCUUCUAUUGAUGAACCCCCCUCAAAACCUCAUCGGUCAAUCACAAUCCGGUACUGGAAAGACGGCAGCCUUCGUGCUGAACAUACUUCAUCGCAUUGACCUCAGCUCCGAACAAUUGCAAAAGACCCCACAAGCUUUGGUUUUGGCACCCAGCAGAGAACUUGCUCGACAGAUUGUGGGAGUGGUCAAGGUCAUGGGCUCAUUUGUCCCGGGACUCAUUGUCGAAGCUGCUGUUCCUCAAGAUGCCGCAGCUCGAAACAGAAAGAUUGAGGCAUCAGUUGUGGUGGGCACUCCUGGUACGGUCAUGGACAUGGUUCGUAGACGAUCUAUGGACAUCAGAGGACUCAAAAUUCUCGUCCUUGACGAAGCCGACAACAUGCUUGAUCAACAAGGUCUUGGUGACCAGUGUGUUCGUGUCAAAGGUAUGCUGCCCAAGAACAUCCAAAUUGUCUUGUUCUCAGCCACGUUCCCCGACAACGUUGUCAAAUACGCCAACAACUUCGCUCCCAACGCCAAUCAAAUGACCCUUCAACAUCAAGACUUGACCGUGGAGGGCAUCAAACAGAUCUAUUUAGACUGUGACAGUGACCAAGCCAAGUACGACAUCUUGGUGAAACUGUAUGGGUUAUUGACCAUUGGUUCCUCCAUUAUCUUUGUCAAGACCCGAGACACGGCACUUGCCAUCGAACAGCGCAUGACGGCAGAAGGUCACAAGGUCGUCUCCUUGACCGGUGGCUAUGAAGGUGCUCAGAGAGAUGUUAUUAUUGACUCCUUCCGUAUGGGCCAUGCCAAGGUCCUCAUCACCACCAAUGUCCUUGCUCGUGGGAUCGACGUUCAGUCAGUGUCUAUGGUCAUCAACUACGACGUUCCAGACAAGUUCGUUGGUGGCGGCAAAUUCGUUGCGGAUCCCCAAACAUAUCUUCACCGUAUCGGACGAACUGGACGAUUCGGUCGCGUUGGCGUCGCUGUCACGUUCAUCAGCAAUCAAGGCGACUGGCUGAAGUUGAUGGAGAUCCAGAAAUACUUCAACACACAGAUGACCAAGGUCGCGACUGACGACUGGGAUGAAUUAGAGGAACAGGUAACGAAGAUUAUCAAGAGUUCAAGAGCAGGCAGCAACAUGAAAGAUGGUGCAAACAUGCAAAUGCAAAUGUGAAGAAGACUGAAAUGAGUGCGGUAGAGCACCGUUCUCCGAGACGGCACCAUUCGGCGACAACAUGCUGCAAUGGGGAUGGAGGCCUUCAGAGGCUCCAAAGCGACAUGCUUUGAUUGUGACAGAGCAGUAGAACAUGGAAGGGAUCG